CCCCCAAAAAAAACUAUUAAAUGCGAAAACUUUUGAAAAGGUGCUUAAGGUUGAUGAAUAUUGCCUUGGACAAUGUAAAUAUUUCAAACAAGCGCGUUGUAUGUGGAUGGAAAUCUUUUUAAUAACAUCUGACAAUAAGGCAUCUCCACUCAACUUUCUGAAGUGGUUCGACUGUCGCAGUUUCUCCACAUAAUUUAUGAUGUCCUUGCCAAAUGAGUCAGGAAACAGGGGGAAAGAUCGAGAGAGGGGUGCCCGUCCGAAGGUGAGACAAAGCCGGUCCGAGGAGAGAAGAGAUGCGGGUGGUGGUCGAAAAAGUGCAAAGUUAAAGAAAAAAGGUGCCUGCUUACACGAAACUGCAGCUGAGCGGCCUGCCAGUGAUGGCUUUGAGUAUGGUGAGCUGCUAAAUGAACUGGAGGCCAGGAGGCAAAACGCCUCAUCCCCCCUGAAGGAGAGUUGGAGAUGGCAGGGCUUGGAUGUUGCUGCAUCAUUAUUAGAGCAAGGGGUUACAGCCAAGGCAGGUUUGGUAACGGUUAGCUCUGCUACAGACUUACCCGCUCUCAGUGAAACAGAGGGCAGAGGGUCAAGCGCCAGCCGCACUUUAAGGCAAAAAAUCCAGGAUGCAAUGGGUCAGUGUUUCCCAAUAAAGACUCACAGUGCAGCAGCACCGGCUCCACCCCCACAGGCUUUUUCAUCGUCAGCUGCCUGUGCCUCCUCCAGGCGGAAGAUCCAUCUCAGUGAGCUGAUGUUGGAUGACUGCCCUUUCCCUGUUGGAUCGGAGCUGGCUCAGAAAUGGUAUCUCAUUAAGCAACACACGGCCCCCAUUACCCAGCCUCCCCUGUUAGAUUCUGCAGUAGUCUGCAGUGCCCCAACUUCAGCAAUGACGGCUUCUGUGGAAGAUGUGGAUGACAAGUUACGAGAGCGCAGGCGCAUCAGCAUCGAACAAGGUGUUGAGCCACCACCUAAUGCGGAGAUUCACACGUUUGAGGUGACAGCCCAAAUUAAUCCUCUCUACAAGCAUGGCCCGAAGCUGGCUCACGGGAUGAAUGAAUUAGCUGAGACCGACAGAGCGUCUGUCCAUCAGCAGCAACAGCUUCUUCUCCAAAGACAAGAGCAACACCAACUUUUACUACAGAGCUGUUUGGACACUCUUGACGAGGUUGUAGCUUCAGCAUCAGCCUCUGCUCGCACGUCUGAAAUGGCCUCCGACUCUUUGGUUGACCCAGAAGUAAAAAUCGCCAACGUGACCUCAAGAGCCCCACGCCCGGAGACUGAGCAUCAAAAAUCUCACGAAGGCUACCGUAUUCACACGCAGAUCGAUUACAUUCACUGUUUAGUACCAGAUCUGCUGCAGAUCACUAACCUCCCGUGUUACUGGGGAGUCAUGGACCGCUACGAAGCAGAGACACUGCUGGAGGGGAAGCCUGAGGGCACCUUCCUGCUGCGUGACUCCGCCCAGGAAGACUACCUCUUCUCUGUUAGCUUCCGCCGCUACGGCCGCUCGCUACAUGCGCGUAUUGAACAGUGGAACCACAAUUUCAGCUUCGAUGUUCACGACCCCAGUGUCUUCCAUGCUCCCACAGUGACGGGUCUGUUGGAGCACUACAAGGACCCCAACUCCUGUAUGUUUUUCGAGCCUCUUUUGUCCAAUCCCAUCCAUCGCACACACCCUUUUAGCUUGCAGCACAUCUGCAGAGCCGUCAUAAGCAGCUGCACCACCUACGAUGGCAUCAACAUGCUCCCCAUUCCAAAUGCUUUGAAAAAACACUUGAAAGAAUACCACUAUAAACAGAGAGUGCGUGUACGACGGAUGGAUACGUGGUGGGAAUAAAAAAAAAAACAACAGAAUGCAUUUUUAGACUUUACGUGUGAACUUUGAAGCUAUAUGAACUUACACUACCACACUACUGUACUUAUUUAUUUUAUUCUUACUGUAUGUUAUACUAACUGUAUUCACCACACUGAUGAGGCAAUGUUUAAUCACAGCGUUC